CACCUGUGAGAGAAGUGCUGGUUCAAAGGAAGUACCGAAGUGUCUGUGAGACGCCAUGUUUGUGGUCAAAAUCCUGUGCUGUUUGCUGUUGACGUAUCACCUCACUGAGGGGAAGAAAAUCAAAGGAAAUGGAGUAGGUGUAGAGGACACAGAGCAGAGGCGAGUCCUGAAGGUGAAAGAGCCGUAUGUCAGCAGUUCAGUCUUUGGGCUGUUUUUAGAAGGUGAGGACACCUGCACACUGGACCCUCUGCAGCUGCACAGUCUCACCUCCUGUGGCUUCAACAGCAGUAAUCCCCUCAUCAUCAUCACUCACGGGUGGUCGGUGGAUGGUAUGAUGGAGAGCUGGGUGCUCAGGUUAGCCACAACCCUAAAGACACAUCUGAAAGAUAUCAACGUGGUGAUCACUGACUGGCUGUCCCUGGCUCACCAGCACUACCCCAUAGCAGUACAGAGCACCCGCACUGUUGGAAAAGACAUAGCUCACCUGCUGCAGUCACUUCAGGAACAGUACCAGUACCCAGUUAGAAAAGCCCAUUUGAUUGGCUAUAGCCUUGGCGCUCACAUCUCUGGAUUUGCUGGAAGCUAUCUGGAAGGCCCGGAGAAGAUUGGAAGAAUUACUGGUCUUGAUCCAGCGGGGCCGCUGUUUGAAGGCAUGUCUCCCACAGACAGACUGUCUCCUGACGAUGCUGAGUUUGUGGAUGCCAUCCACACCUUCACUCAUGAGCGCAUGGGCCUCAGUGUGGGCAUCAAGCAAGCUGUGGCACAUUAUGACUUUUACCCUAACGGAGGAGACUUCCAACCAGGAUGUGAUCUGCACAACAUUUACGAUCACAUAGCCCAAUAUGGGCUCCUUGGUUUUGAGCAGACAGUGAAGUGCGCUCAUGAACGAUCCGUACAUCUAUUCAUUGACUCCCUGCUGAAUAAAGACAAGCAGAGCAUGGCCUACAGGUGCAGUGACAACAGCGCAUUUGACAAAGGUGUAUGUCUGGACUGUCGGAAGAAUCGCUGCAACGUACUGGGCUACGAUAUCAAGAAGGUUCACAGUGGCACCAGCAAGAGGCUCUACCUGAAAACACGCUCUCGGAUGCCGUACAAACUCUAUCAUUACCAGCUCAGGAUCCAGUUUGUCAACCAGAUGGAGAGGAUCAAGCCCUCUCUCACCGUCUCCCUCACUGGAACAAAGGAGGAGAGCGGAGAUCUCCACAUCUCCUUCGCUGAGAAGAUUACAGGCAAUAAGACCUACACCUUCCUGAUCACUCUGGACAGAGACUUAGGGGAUCUGAUGUUGCUCAAACUGCACUGGGAGGGACUGGACUUGUGGGGUAAUGUGUGGAGCCGGGUAAAGACCAUCAUUCCCUGGGGCGGCCAGGAGAGAAAACCACUGCUGACAGUGGGCAAGAUCAGCAUCAAAGCAGGCGAGACGCAGGAGAGGACAUCCUUUUGUGCCAUGACAAACGAUGGACAACGCGUUGAGGUGUCGCAAGAUAAAGUAUUUGUGCGCUGUAAAGAAGAUACGACGAGACAGCGUAGAAGAAAGCACAACCAGCAACCUGUGUGGGUUCCUUAAUCUGUUUAACAGACUGGAGAUCUCUGAUGGGUGGCCUGGAAAGUCACAACUGGAAACCGAGGCAACUUUUGUAAACUGUGUUUACGAUUUGCAGAAAUUAGUUUGAUUAUGUGAUAAAAUGAUUAAUAAAUUAAGUAUUGCAUGUGAUCUCCAUUUACAUUUCUGUUUAUAAACAUGUCUUUUAAUUGUAUAAACAGCUGAAGGUUUGCCGAUUCAAACAUUAACCGACAAUGAACACACAACAUGACAGUGAGUCAUAAGUUCAGUGAGCUUUUGAUGCCAUCAAUCCCAAAAACUAUAAAUAUUUUUUUAAUAUAUGUACUGCAUAAAAUUAUCAAUCUUAGAAUUUAAAAACCUACAUUUAUCUUGCCAAUAACUUCAUAUAAAUACACUUGUUAAUCAGACUCAAACUAGAGCAAUAAAUAU